AUGGCGGUUACCGUACUACCAAACAACUCGAUGUUCGAGUCUGUCAAGCAGGCUGUGCGAUCAACCUCGACCUGCUCAGAUGUCACCGUGUUGUCCCUCCAAACAUUGCUCCGCGGAUCGUCAAAGGCGCCUGAGAAGCCUGUUCGUCGGGCGACCAAGACCACAAAGGAUUCAACAACAACGACGAGUCGAGCAAAGACCACGAGGACAACGAAGACGCGACCUGCGACCGAUAUUACGCUACAUCUCGUCGACCAGGAUGGGCCCGCGCUGUCGCCUCAGGAGAAACUUGUGCUAGCGACGGAAGUGUUCAAUGCGACUUUGAAGACUCUGACAGACGCGUCGAAGGUUACGACAUCGAGGAGACAGACGGCUGCCCCGGAUACUGUCUCGGUCAAGUCGGGCAGGACCAAUGGCUCCGUCGUUGACAAAGGCGUGGCCUCGACGGCGGAAUGCGCCAGACUGGCUCUGGCUACAUUGCGCGCACUCAAGACCGACCAACAGCCCUCCACCGAAAUUCCGAAUAUGCAACUUGAACAAGGUGCCUGCGUUCUGGCUGGAAAAAUGAUCACUUUGGGACUGAAUGAAAUGGCGUGCAAGGAACUCCGAUCUCUGAAAAAAAGAAUUCAACAAUACCUGGAUGCGAGGGACGCAGGGAAACAGACCGGAUCAAACAAAGACCUCUCGGAGGAAGAUACGAGCAAGGAGCGCAUGUCUGAUCUUUUGACUUUUUCAAAUAUCGCCCAUGCGGAAUCGGUGUACGGACUUUUGGUUCCGUAUCACGCGAACGUGAUGCGACUGCUCGUCGCUGAGAAGAAGCCAUCGACAACUGCACGCCUGAUUCCUUUUCUACAGCUCGCGGACCCCAGCAGUCCUGGAUCUAUUAUAAUGGCGGCCAUGCAGUCCGGGAAUUUGACGAGUGAAAAAGCGGCGCUGCAAUUACAGCUUCUUUCCAACACAAUACUUUCGCUAUGCCCUAGCAAGUCCGUGUCCACCGAUGAAGCAACAACAAGGGACUCUCUGCAGCCAAUCUCUAUUCUCAAUCUUCAACUCUUGUCUCUCGAAAUCCGCACUCUGAGCUGGAAGUUUUCCGGGCAUGUCUGCCAGGAAGCUAAGGAGCUUAUCGAUCCGCUGCUUCGUUACCUCGGCAGUUUUUCACACCGUAGCAAGAGUGUUGAAAAGUCAGAAUUUGGAGCAAUUUUCAAGACCAUUACUCGAAUCCAGACCACAAUGGCCGAUGUCAAGAAGCAGCGCCAGGAAACAAAGGAUAUCACUGCUUCUGCCAGGAUAAUGACUGUUUUGGGACAGCUUGCUCUGGAUGCGGAGUGCUUUGACGAGUCAUUGAAGCUUUUCAAUAAAGCUGUCAUUCCAUUUUUCAAUGCGCAGAGUCUUGCUCUAGCUACCGUCAGGUGCAAGAUUGCUGCGGUGUACUUUCAAGGUCUGAAAGGAUCCCAGAAGCUUUCCGAGGGAGCGUUGAAGGCCAUUUCAGAGGCCAGCACCGCCUUGGGUAUGCAACUUCGGGGAAACGUGAGUGAUUUGGACGAAUUGCUCGUCGAAGCUGCGAGGUUGAAAAAGCUUGCUCUAGCUUGGUUCGGUGAUGCGAUGAACAAAUCGGAAGUCAGCAAUGCUGACAAGAAUGAGAUUGCUUCAAAUAUGCGCGAGUACCUCCAGGCUUUCUUGAGAUUGUUGCGGCGCUACGUGGGCCGACCACCGGUGGAAGAGUGUGAUGAAAAGGACCAGGAAAUGUACGACUCUCGCAUUGCCAUGUCGAAGAGCAUCAUCCUCGCCGGCGUGGACUCUGCAGUUGCCAUCGGACGGCUGUCAAUUAUGUCCCAAAGGCCACCCUGGGCAGAUAUGCUGUCUAUUCUGACUGAUUCUCAUCGCCUUCUGACGAGUAUCGAAACCACGGAAGGGACGGAGCUGGAUACCUCUCUGAUGGAAAGCAUCAGCGCCGCGCUCGUCAAGCUUUCCAAUCUGUAUUGGUCUCGUUUUGUCAAAGAAAAGGAAGCAGGCCAAAGCUAUCGAGAGCUUCUUCCUCUUCUGAAGCAGUCGACCCAGCUUCUCUCCUCGUGUUCACUCAACCACCGCAAAACUGCUUUCGCCGCCCUCAAAUUCGAGAGAACCGCCCAUGUCUACUUGGAUGCGUCCAAGUAUGAUGAUGCCGAGCAAGCCUUCAAAUCGUCUCUUUCGGAGUAUAUAGAGGGGGGAAUUCUCGACGAAGUUGGCAAAAUGAGCCCCGGCGCCAGUCCAAGCUCGUUGGAGCACGAUCCCAAAAGUUCUGCGUUUGCUUUUAGCCGUGUCUUGUCAGCCUUUUUGAAGUUGAAAUUACGAAAAAAACGAACCAAGUCGUCGUCAUCCGUUUAUGAUAAUGCGCAAUUGGAGGCUGGGCAGCGGGGGAUGCUUCUUGAAUGGCAGAUCGGACUCCUUUGUGACCUACGCAGCUACGCCCCAAGUGAUGACGAAUUCCAGUCAAUUCUGAGCCCGCUUGUACGUUCGGCUUUGGAUCUCUACGCCGCUCAUGCUCACCACCUCCGCUACGCCCGAGUGCUUCUUUUUGCUCUGCGGUUUUCAUUGGAGCAUCCUGUUGCCUUGGGUGCCGAUCUCACCAGCAAAGUUUUGGAAGAAGGCGCUGAGGCGCUCAAAUGUGGUCAUGGUGUUGGUCAAGACUCUGACUUGGCGGCUUUCGAGGCUCACAUCAUCAAUUCGCUUCGCAUGGUCAUUGGUUUUCACCGCGGGAGAAUCGUUGAUUCUGAGUUGAACGACACGCUUUCUUCGUGGUCUGCUAUGAUUCGCCAGUGCUCUGAUUCCAAGUCACUAUCCACGUGCAUCACAGAUGUGGACUACUGGAUUCUCCAGUUGAAGGCUUUGGUUGAUUACACCGAAAUUCACAGCCUUUGGAAACCCCAGCUCUCCGCUCUUGAGCUGAUCCUUCGCGCUGUAGAGCUCCAGCAGUUCGGUGAUUUCUCCGAUGCGAUCUGCAUACUUGCUCGUCUAGUCCUGCAACACUGCCGGCUUGGGCACUGUCAAAAGGCUGGGGAUUUACUCACACGCGGUGAGCAGUAUGUUGAACACAAGAACACCUCCCUCAUUGCCAAGAUCGCGUACCAACUAGCCCGGGUGGAGUACCUGCUAGAAACUGGUGAGACUGAGAAAGCAGCCUCUGUACUCUCCGCGGCCCGGGCAUUCUAUGACGGGAGCCGUGACUCAAAAGAACUGAUUAAUCUGACCGGCCUCGCAAAAAUCUCCGUUGAGCGAUUGAUCGCGGAUGCAGCCUUCAUUCACUCUCGCUUGUCUACCGCCCAGGGAUCCAUGACUCAGGCUCUGUACUUUGCCAAGUUGGCAGUGCGGCUGAAUUGCCGAAUUUGGGCAAAGGUCGAGAAGCUUGCACAGAAGAAGCAGAACCGAGCUUUGCCUUCGUCCGCCGCUUCUAGUGUUGAAGUCGUCACUGAUGGUGUGGCCCAGAUUGAUCUGUCACAGAACGGGUCUUCAUCUACCAUUUCCACAACUUACGUCCAGGGGGCUCCCUUUUGGCCUCAUCUUGGAUCGCAUCAUUCGAGUUUGUUGAAUCUCGCAGCCUUAUCAGCUCAUCAUGGGCUGUUUCAGGAUGCCAUCUACUACGGUGAGCAGGCGUUGAAAAUUGAUCGGACACUUGAUGCCAAUGUGCGCUUGAUUGCUGCUCAAACUCAGCUUGGAUCCUACCGAGUUCUCGGUGGCCAUUUGAGCGAGGGCCAAGAGCUUCUUGCUGCAGCUUCCGAGUCAUCGAAGCAGUUGCAAACGAGCGUUGAGACCGUGUCUCUGCACAUGGCACUUGCAUCAUUCUAUGAAUCACAAGACCAACAUGACAAGGCGCUCCGUGUCUUAAAAGAAGGGGAUAAGCUUAUUACUUCUCUCAUCGACUCGGAUACAAUCAGCGUUUUGGCCAGUUCCAACGUGGCAUCGCUAGAGGAGAAGAUGACCAAGUUGCAAGUAAGGAGCAGCAGCAGAAGAACGGCGGCGGCACCAGCUCCCGCUACACCAGCACGACGAACCCGGGCUACAAGCUCGGCUGCAGCAUCACGAACGACAAAGAGAGCUGUCGCAUCUAAGACACCUGCACCGGAGAUUCAGUCGACUACUCUUCUGCGGCUGAGAAGCUUAAUCCUCCGCCAGCAAGCCGAUUGCUUACGUGCGCUUCGUGAUUUCGAUGGCUCUGCUCAACUUCUCAUCGAAGCUCGACAGUGCGCGAUUGCUAGAGAAAGCAAGGUUUCUAUCGAGAUUGGGGAAAGUGAGCAUCUCCUUGCAGAUGCUAUCCGUCAUUUCGCCAGCCAUGCGGUAUACUGUGUGCUUCCUGAGUCGACCAUCUCUUUGCCUUCAUUGACCUCUCCCGUCAAAGGUGGGGAGCUCACCACGUCCGCAGCUGUGAAGCCCUCGGUGGUGAAAAAGCCCCGCGCCCCAGCCAGAACAACGCGCACCAAGGCACAAAAAGCCAGUGAGGACUUUGUGAUGAUGCUGUCAAAAGCAAGUGAGUGCCUCACUAGCGUCUUCUCUGAGGCAACUGUCCUCGGCUCCACGCUCGAUGGUCAUGCUGCGUCCCGGCUGAUGAGUCGAAUCUCCAUGCUUUCACAUGCCACUACCCCGGGAGGAGCUGCUACCUGGGUGCAAUCGCCUGCGAACAUGAAUGAAAUCGGGCGUGUUGGAGCAUUCGCCCGAGAACAUAUUGCUAUUGACUUUGAUCGUCAAUUAUCCGAUUUUGGCGAUCCUCUUCUUUGGCCCACCACUGCGCCCCAACUUGAGGGGAAGAAUGAGGAUAUUUGCACCAACUUUGCUGAGAAUUAUAUCGAUAUUCUGCCCGAAAACUGGAACGUCCUCUCGCUAUCCCUCAGCGCGGACUGCAGUGAAUUUUAUGUCUCCCGCCUGCAGAAAAAUCGCCCUCCAUUCUUGCUCCGUCUUCCUCUGCGGCGAGGCAAUUCCGACGAGGAUGAGGAAGAGCAGUUUACGUUUGAAGACGGCAAAGAAGAGAUGCGGGAGCUGAUCAAGUUAGCAAACCAAAGCGCACAUGCUGCCAAAGCUCAGACAACGAAGCAGAUGAAAAAGGAGUGGUGGACCAAUCGUGAGGCGUUGGAUCAACGCAUGGAGAGUCUUUUGCAUAACGUGGAAAAUGUCUGGUUUGGAGGCUUCCGUGGAAUUUUUUCGCCUCUGGCCAAGCAUUCUGAUGCAUUUGCUCGAUUUGCGGAUGCCUUUCAAGGCAUUCUCGACAAACACCUUCCUUCGCGCCAGAAGGGUGGCAAAGCCGCCUCGCCGCGCCUGACUCUUCACCAAAAUGUCCUCGAGUUAUUCAUUGGUCUGCGUGACUUGGACAGCCAGGAGGAACCCGAUGAUAUCCUGAUGGAUCUCCUGUACUUUGUGGUGGAUAUUCUUCAAUUCCAGGGUGAGCGCAACGCUUACGACGAAAUUGACUUUGACAUGAUGGUCGUGGAUACCCUCGAUGCUCUGCGAGGCUAUCAUGAUGCUGCCCGGGAGGAUAUUGCUGCCAGCUCGCCGAGCCACACUGUGCUCGUUCUUGACAAAGCUCUGCAUCUCUUUCCAUGGGAAUCUCUCCCUUGUCUCCAGGGCUUCCCCGUGUGCCGAGUGCCUUCGCUCGAGUGUCUUCGCGACCGAGUCCUUCGUUUCCGAGACUCACAGGCUGGGGCUGUCAUUCGACGGACUUCCGGCUCGUAUUUGCUCAAUCCAACGGGGGAUCUGCGCACGACGCAAGAGAACUUUGAGCCUGGGCUGUCCAAGUUGGAUUCCUGGGCAGGGAUGGUUAACCGUGAACCAUCGGAAGAAGAAUUCCGAUCCGCACUAGAGACCAAGGACCUCUUCCUGUACUUUGGUCACGGAAGUGGCGCGCAAUACAUCCGGGGACGAACCGUCAAGCGCCUGACUAAGUGUGCGGUAGCCUUUUUGAUGGGCUGUAGCAGUGGCACUCUCACCGAGGCGGGCGAAUAUGAGCCCUACGGCACACCUAUGAACUAUCUGCAAGCUGGUAGUCCAGCCUUGGUAGCAACCUUGUGGGAUGUGACGGAUAAGGAUAUUGAUCGAUUCGCGACCUCCACGUUUGACACGUGGGGACUCUUGGAUAAGAAGGGCAAGUCUCGUCGCGCCAGCGAGAAGAGUCUGGACGAUGCGGUUGCAGGGGCUCGAGCGUCGUGUGUGCUGAAGUAUCUGAAUGGAGCUGCACCCGUGGUCUAUGGUGUCCCGGUCUUCUUGGAUUAA